UUUCUGUUUUUGGGGGGAGGGGGUUAUGAGCUCUCUCUUCUCGCCACCUCCUUCCAAAAUUUAAGAAAAAAGAGAAUGUGCCUUGGGAGUGAAUUCUGAUGUAUUUAAAACUAAAUAAAUGAGUGAUUGUGUGGUUCUGUGUGUGUAUGUCAGAGAGAGAGAGACUGAUGAAAUUACUUAAGUGUUUUGAAACAACAUAUAGAUUAAAAAGAAGCAACAAUACCACAUGCUAUUUGGUGAACAAUUUGGAUAGAAAGAAUAGCAGAAUUCUUGAAGGCAACAAGAGAAGCAUAUUUAGUCUUAAGCUUAGAGCCUUUAUUUAGCUAGUUUUAUGGUGCAAUCUGAUCUUUGCACUCGAUGUAGAUGCCAUGUUAGAUAUGAUUGUUUCGAUUUGCAGAACUUGUAACUGUGUUUUUUGAUGCACUAGCUUAGUAUUCAUCCAUCUUAUAACUACCUUAUCUGGAUACAUGAGAAAAUAAAAGAAGCAACAAAGAAAUAAAUAGAUGAUUAAUAUGGCCUAACCAAAAUAAGUUGGAUUUGAGGUAUUGUUGAUUAAACUAAGUAGAUUCUUUGAAAAAUCAAAUUCUUGAGUACAUAUGCAGGGAGGUUUUCCCAUGUGCCUUCACAAUCUUCUCUAAUAUGCAGAGUUGGAAGUGUAUCAUUUUAUAUUAAUAUUUCUCUUUCUCAAUGACUAAUUUAUUAGACACACUACAUAUUAUGGAUGGGUCAUGUCCUUUUUUUCCCUCAAUCGAUACUGUCCUUUUGUCUGCUCUUAUCCUAAUGUGUUGGGAUGGGUGUUCUUGAAAACUUGUCCUUUUCUAGAAAAAAGGUAAUAAAAGGAAACACGUUGUUGAUAAACCUAUUGCCAAUGCCGAUUUUUUAUUAUGGCCUUGGACUAGAAGAGAUUGGGACAUGAAAUUCAAGUAAGAUUUCCAGAAUUAGCCUUUUGAGCUAUAGGUCAUCACAAAGUAUUUGCCAAGCCCAUAACACUUAAGAAAGAAACUGAUGGUGAUAACUUGGAUCCAAUCCAUGAAGCAUCAAGACAAGUUUGAAGCUCACCUUCUUAGAUGAGAAAUCUAGAAUUACCGUGAUGGUAGGAAAGUUACAGCCUUUGAUCAAAUUUUAGAAAGUUGUUACGGUCAGUGACUUGGUCCACAACUAGUUCUCUACAAGAAUGGGCACAUCAGUUGGAACUUCCAGUAAAAAAUGACGAUGUGACCCUAGGUAAAAAGAAGAUUAGCUAAGCUUAGGUUAGUUUACUCAAGCGGAGGGCUAUUUCAGCAGAAUGAAAGACCAGCAAUCCAAUUUAGCAAAUUAAGGACCAAUUAACCAGUUCAGUAGAGCAACAUGAACAGUAAGCAAGUCCAAAUCCUUGAAACUACAUCAGCUGAUCAUCUGUUGGCCAACUGUUUUUUGAUGUUCGUGAAGAGUUAGGGUUAAAAUGGGCUUGAGAAAUUAAGAUAAGCAUGGAUUUGACCCCACCUAGGGUUAGGUUGAUAUGGAGCCUGUGACUUCAGAGAUGGAACCGGUUCAGAUAAACGGUGCACCUAGGAGACCUCGUAUUCUGCUUGCAGCGAGUGGAAGUGUGGCUGCUAUUAAGUUUGUCAAUCUAUGUCGUUGUUUUUCUGAAUGGGCAGAAGUUAAAGCAGUUGCAACAAAACCUUCUCUUCAUUUCAUAGACAAAGCUUCACUUCCGAAAGAUGCCAUUCUUUAUACUGACGAGGAGGAAUGGUCCACUUGGAAGAAGAUUGGUGAUAGUGUGCUACACAUUGAGCUCCGCAGGUGGGCUGAUAUUAUGGUUAUUGCCCCUUUGUCAGCAAACACACUUGGGAAGAUUGCUGGUGGACUAUGUGAUAACUUGUUAACCUGCAUCGUACGAGCAUGGGACUACAAUAAACCCCUUUUUGUGGCACCAGCCAUGAAUACAUUGAUGUGGAAUAAUCCAUUCACAGAACGACACCUUAUGGUAAUUGAUGAGCUUGGAAUCUCUCUCAUACCACCAGUUUCAAAGAGACUAGCUUGUGGAGAUUAUGGAAAUGGAGCAAUGGCUGAACCCUCUCUCAUCUACUCAACUGUAAGACUCUUCUAUGAGUCACGGUCACAAUCAGGUGGCAUCAACAUGGCGUGAUCCACAGAUCAUUAAAUUUUAUUUGUUGGUUUGUACAAGUGAUAGAAAUUGUUGAAAUUCAGGAGCUGGAGCAAUGUUACUUAGCAUACACCAGUUGUGUUUAUUUUUCUCCUAAAUUUCAUCACCUACCUAGUGUCUGUUUGUAUCCAAGAGCUAACUUUCAAUCAAGGUUCACGUUCAUCCUAGUCAAUUGAAUGAGAAUAUUAUGCAACUCUA